AUGAUGUUUGAUGACAUCACCUGGAGCACAACAUCUUACUCCUUAAAGGGGUUUAUCGACUAUUUUUCUCUUCCGCAGUUGGUUAAAGUCGAACAUGGACUAUACAGUGAAGAAGAAGCUAAUACGCUUUCAGCAGAGCAGAUUCUCACUUUGCACUACACCAAAAGAACCGACAAGGUGUUUACAAAAGCCGCGGAUAGGAAACCUUUCUACAUUCCCAUAAAUUUUCCGGGCAAGGUGGAAAUACUUCCCACAUUCUGCCAGGACAUGUACUACAGUGUGCAAGACAUUGUCAACGAACCCUCUAUUAAGUUUAUUAAAGCUGUGCACGACAGUCCACCGUCGUUCGGGUUAAAAGCGGGCGACAUUUUAAAACUGGUAAAAACCGUCGAGGAAUAUCGCGAAAAAUAUGUUCUUUGCGAGUUUUCCAAUAAAACGAGGGACCUUGUGAAGCUUCCUCUGAGCUUCAAAGCUGCCUUCGUUCCUUUAGCGAAAGCAGAAACAUUUCAUUUGCAAGAGGUCCUAAACUCCCAGUCCGCAUUUAAGCUUCCAGUUCGUGUGAAAUUCAGCUGUUGUGAAACCCUGAUACACGAUGUAAACAAAGACAUUGAUUUACUGUCUUUUGGUUCCGUUCUCUUGAAAGAAAAACUUGAAGAGUCAACAAUCAUUGCUACGAGUCGAUGGGACAAUACUGUCACGGUUGUAAUGAUUCCUACUGAUUUAGAUGUAACGGUACACCCUGCAGAAGGAGCUAUAAGUGGCGAUAACACGUACGCUAGAUUCUGCAGAGAAAUCCACGACGGCGCUGACCUGGAAAAGGUGGAAUUAUCUCUAUCAAACUACCUGAGAGUAGAAGAGAAGCCCAAUGUUGAUGUGCUGUACGAUUAUGUGGAAGUAAGACCUCAACUUCCUCCUCGAGGUUCCACUAGUUCUCUAUUGGAAGUUAACGAUGAUUCGUCGGAUGAUUAUUUGGACAUUCCUCCACCGCGACCUCCAAAACCAGAGUAUCUGCAUUCGCCACCAUUAUCGCCAACGCACGCACCAUCGCAGCUGCAACAGCAUGGAGACAGAGAGUCUUUUGAGAACAUGCCCAGUGAUGGACAUGACGAAUGUCCACCUCCUCCUGUUCGAACUGCAUCACUUCAGCCAAGAAAUGAUAACCACUUGGAAGGUUACAAACAUGACGAUAACCAACCAGACUCAGCAGAAGAAGACUACCUAUAUCCCGAGGAGUUUGACAUGGAACGUGAAACGCCUCAGACGCUUCCUAAAGCACCACCGCCAACACUCCCAAAGCCACCAGGACAUCGUAGGCGUCAAGCUCACCAGUAUUUUCCUUCUCUUGGUGAUGGUGAUGAUAAUGACGAUGAUGAUUAUGAUGAAGAAGAUUACCUGAACACUGAAGACAGUGAUUUUGAUGAUUCCAGUGAAGAACACGAUUACUUAUACCCGGAAUACCCUGUGUAUCAAAAUAGUGAAGUAACUUCCACGGCGAUGAAACCUCAGCCGAGACACGGUCAGAGUAAAGGAACCUGGCUCUCAAAAUUCUUCCGGAAGACUACUUCCAAGUCAUCCAAAAUGACCUGUUCCUCUUCGAGUUCAGCCACUUACAGUACAAACCAGGAUUAUUCUUCAUCUGAUUUCCCUGAUGAUCUCAGCAGUAUGUCUGUAGCAGAAUUGGGUGAAUGCCUGAGAAAGCUCAACUUAGAGAAGCAUGUUGACAUCUUCUCUAGCAACCAGAUAGAUGGAAAGUUGUUUUUGACAUUUGAUAAAGAACUGUUAUCAUCACUUGGAGUCGAUAAUGUCUUUGAGCAGGCAAAAUUGAUGAACUUUAUAAAUGGAUGGAGACCCAGAACAUGA